CUAAUUUUUUGAGUAGACAAAUACAUGUUCAUCUUGCUUUUUAAAAAAACAAAAACAAAACAUGGCCCUUGAGCACAGAUUGUCUAGUUCUUGCAUUGGGUUUGUCACUCAUUCAUUGUCUGCUUAAUCCCCGAAGGAGAGGACGACAACAUUCCAGCCAUUUUUUUCCAGCUGGAAAACUGAAGUAAUAAUCCAGACCAGGCUUUCCUAACCUGGUCCCCUCUGGCUUUUUUGGACUACAAUGUCCAUCAGUCCUAGCUGGCACAGGUGUGUCAGCUGGGGCUGAUGGGAGUUUUAGUCCAAAAUAGCCAGAGGGCAAAAGGUUAGUAAAAAGCGUUUGAAACCAUCUCAUUCUCUUGUUACCAUUGAUUCCCUAGGCAAGCAUGGAACUGCUGUUAUAGGUCCCCCACUGCUGGUGAAAUUGGGUUUGAAAUCAAAGCACCCCAGGGGAAGAGGAUGAACCUUCCAGAGAUAGGGCACAUCCAAUGGUGGUUCCAACAGCAAAAGAGCAGCAAACAUCUAGUGAAAAUGAACAGUUAGUAAGAGUUAUGCAUGGGUAAAAUUCUAUUUUAUUUUUACUUUUAAGAAACAUUCUUAACCUGUGGUCCCCAAGGCAGCUUGCAACUCAUCAUGUACAGCGAUAGUGUCAUAAAAAGACAAAACAAUUAACAUAUAAGAUAGAUGAAAAAUCCCAAGCGCAGCAUCAUAAAACCCUGCACAGCGGGGGAUAGCAUAAAACAGAAUUGCUCAUUAAUCUCUCACCAUUAAAAGCCCAGGCAAAAAGGAACAGGUUUUUGCCAGGGACCUAAAUGCCACUAAAGCGCAUGCAUUUUAAAGGUCAGCCUUAAAUAUGUGCCUUUCAUGGUGUAUAUAUGUCAGGAUCCUAUCUGACCCAUGACCUUUCCCCCGGAAGAGGCUUGGGACUCUGCAGAGAACCCCACCGCAGCUGAGCACCUGGAGGAACUUGCAAAAGUCCCAAGGCAGACUGAACCGUCCCGUCUUGCUUGGGCUACCCCAAUCACUUCUUCUCGCCACAUCCCAAGCCCCUCCUUGGUCCCCGAUUUUCCUCUUUGAUUUUGAGCUAACAUGUCAUGGCAGGGGGAACAUGGAUGUCACACAGGCAUUGCUCCAGUAACUGGGAUUGAGGAGGAAGAGGUAUUGGAUCCCAAUGGCGAGACUCUUUCUAUCAUUGCAAAAUUCCAGCCCUUGCUUAUGGAGACGAUGACAAAGAGCAAAGACGGUUUCCUUGGAAUUUCUCACAUUGCCCUUUCUGGGCUUCGCAACUGGACGGCUCCGGCUUCCCCUCUGAGCUUGAUGUUCGCCCAGCAAUUCAAGGCCUUCCUUCCGCCAAAGAAUAAACUGGAACUUGCUGAUCCUUGGUGGGUGAUUCCCAGUGAGCUGAACAUCUUUACUGGGUACCUUCCCAACAACCGUUUCUACCCUCCAGCCCCCAGAGGGAAAGAGGUCAUCAUUCACAAACUCUUGAGUAUGUUCCACCCCCGGCCGUUCGUGAAAACUCGGUUUGCCCCUCAAGGAGCUGUGGCCUGCAUCCAAGCUAUUGCUGAGUUCUACUAUAAGAUAGCCUUCAGGAUCCAUGCAGAGUUCCAGCUGAAUGAGCCUCCCGAUUUCCCAUUCUGGUUUUCCCCUGCCCAGUUCACAGGCUACGUUGUCCUCGCCAAGGACUCCUCCCACGUUCGAGAGUUCAAGCUGUUUGUUCCUAACAACAGGUCUCUCAAUGUAGACAUGGAGUGGCUCUAUGGUGCCUUGGAGAGCAGCAACAUGGAAGUAGAUAUUGGAUACUUACCUCAGAUGGAACUGGAGUCUUUGGGGCCCUCGGUACCUUCCGUGAUUCACGACGAAAAUGGGAACGUGAUUGACAGCAGAGACUCAGAAGGAGAACCAAUUCAGUUCAUAUUUGAAGAAAUUACCUGGCAGCAAGAAAUAAGCUGGGAAGAGGCUGCCAGCAAACUGGAAGUUGCCAUGUAUCCAUUUAAGAAAGUUUCCUACCUUCCCUUUACUGAAGCUUUUGAGAGAGCAAAAUCUGAGAGUAAACUGGUGCACUCCAUACUGUUGUGGGGAGCACUGGAUGAUCAGUCAUGCUGAGGUUCAGGGCGAACUCUCCGGGAAACAGUCCUGGAAAGUUCGCCCAUCCUCGCCUUCCUGAAUGAGAGUUUCAUCAGCACCUGGUCUCUGGUGAAGGAGCUGGAGGAUUUGCAGGCUAAGAGAGAGAACGAGAUCAACAGCAAACUCGCAGACCUGCACCUUGAAAAGUAUAACUUCCCCGUGGAGAUAAUGAUCUGCCUGCCCAAUGGCACUGUGGUCCACCACAUCAAUGCCAACUACUUCCUGGAUAUUACUUCUAUGAAGCCUGAAGAAGCUGAGAGCAGCAUCUUUAGUUUCUCUGCCACUUUUGAAGAUCCCUCAACAGCAACUUACCUCCAGUUCCUGAAAGAAGGACUUCAGAGAGCAAAGCCGUUCCUGCAUGCCUAAACAGAGAAGCAACCCAAUGCCCUCCUAUUGAUCACCAAAGACACAGGAGUUCUUGUUUCUGGCACUCCUUGAGCUCAUGCAGGGCACAAUACUGAAUAGUAAAAUGCUGUCCUUGAUAUCCAGUCAAGUAAGUGUCCCUCAAAAAUAUGAAGCUGCUACCCCUGCAAUUACACGAAUUAUUUUCAGGACCAUUUUGAAAGGAACUGGUCUUAUUCUUCUUCUAGCUAUUGGAAACAGAUCGUCCUGCAGCCAACAGUAGAGACUGGGAACAGGGCAGCACACAAGUCUGAGAUGGGGACUGUGGUUCCUGGGCUGUGGUGUGUGAGGUCAGCAGGUUGCUUCUCACACAAAGCCUGAAUUCAGUUGUUACUGUUCCCUUAGUAAAAAGGCUGUGUUGAUUCGUGAGUGGGAUACCAUGUUUUUGCAUUGGCUCUGGCGUCUGGUCCCAUUCAUGGCCCUGAAUUGCUCUUACAUUGCGAAGGCCUCCACAUUGUAGAACUGUUUUUACUAAGCAAAGCACCAUGUAGCUUUGGACAACUUAAGGAGAUUGCAGGUUGCAUGUUCAAGAUCAGAGCCUACAUGGAUGACACUGAGCGUAUAGGAGCAUAGGAAGCUGCCUUAUACUGAGUCAGGCCGUUGGUCCAUCCAAUAUUGUCCACUCUGCCUGGCAGCAGCGCCCUGGGAUUUCAGUAAGCAAAGCAUUCCCAGCCAUGCCUGGAGAUGCUGGGGAUUGAACCUGGGACCUGCUGUAUGGAAAGCAGUUGCUCUAGCACUGGGCUACGGUUAUUUCCCAAAGCAACACCUGUGUUAUUUGCUACACUCACUCCUGGCUAACAAGGAAAGACCUGUGUGUUUGCUACACUCCCACUCUUGUCUGGAGGGCUGCUCAGGUGGGUGCUAUUUCACAGACAGGAGAACCUUUGAAACAAACAUUUUAGCAUGGUUAAACCAACCCACAAAAGGCUCUGCAGACCCCUCCGGGGGCCAGAUUUUUUCCUAGGGCUUCCAGCUGAUGAUCCUAUGCAUUUUCAUCAUUGUGACUUCAAGUCAAGAAAAACCAGUUGCUCUUUCCUAAAGCGCAUACAGUCUUAGGGGGCUACGUUCAAAAUAAUCAUGUCACUGCCCAAACCUAAAUCGUGUUUAAGGGUGAUUUUACAUAGGUAACUGAUUUAUUCCUCCACUACAGAGUUUGUUCUGAGUCACAAUCACAUGGUUCCCACGCCCAUAAUCCUGGGCCUGCAGAGUGUUCUAAAAUGGGGCUAUUUAUUCCAAAAUUGCUUUUCUUCUUUGCCAUACGAUGCCGUCCAUGCAGUAAUGCCACUUUGCAUGUACAGGGAGAAGAAUCAGAUCUAAGAACUGGACAAUGUUCCUGAGAGCUCAUCCUGUUCAAUAGUUUGUUUGAAGAAAGAAUGUCCCCUGUUUCCCUACUUCUCAUUACAUUUCCCAGCAUUAAUUUUAGUGGGGUGGGAACUUGUGUGGGAUUUGCACUUUGUUAGUGACUGAUGUGAUAGAAACACACUGCAGAAUUCACCGACGGGGGGGGGGGGGGGGAGAGAGAGUGGCGCUUGCAAGCAGUAUUCAUUUCCCUCAACAGCAUUAUUCUUCAAUUGCCUUCUGCGGCUUUUAUUAGUGAUAGGAAAGGGAGCCAAUAGCUAAACAUCAGCAUUUCUCAUUUGGGGGAAAAAGCACUUUUCAAUUUCAGCUGGAUUUUCAAGCAUUUAAGUUUAGACUGUCUCUGAAUGCUAUUCAGCUUCUGUUCAAGAAGCAAUUACUGUCAGGUCCACUUCAGAACGUUAAGUCUACAGCCCUGUAGCCACUUACCUGGGAACAAGCCCCAUUGAACUUGGUGGGGCUUACUUCUGUCGGACUGUGUAAAUUAAUAAACCCAGCUGCUGAGUCUCUUGAUUAGAAAAGUGUUGUUGUUGUUUAAACUUUGUCCUACUCUUCUGAUUAGAUUACCAAGAGCUUUGAGUGCUGAAUAAAGAUCUCCCUCUUCAUUUGCUAUGGUCUGUGAAAAUAAAGAAAACCAUGGCAAACAAAAGCAAUCUAGUACCUCCCUAGGAACUGGCCUUCUGGUAUAUAGGGCUGCUAUUGUUGCAACCCUAAAUGCUGGCAUUUGCCGGCCUGGCACCCUCCAGCUGUUUUGGACUACAAUGCCCACCAGGUUGGUGAAGGCUGCUAUGCCAAGGGGCCUUGGAAGGGCUUUGAUCCUAAAACAAGGAUUAUAAAUACUCCUUUAAUAACAAUAAGUGAAUGGACCUAGGAGGAGUGAGUCUCCCUGAAUGCAUAAGGACUCCCGAGUAAACAUGUAAUAGAAUUGCACUGUAAAACGCUAACAGUCUAGGGAUACAAAAGAGUGCAAGCCAGGACCGAUGGCAAUUCUUUCUUCUACGCCGCUAUUCAAGGUGCAGGAGCCUUGCCCUGUUUUGCACCUGGCUACACUAACCCAGUCUAGUUUUCAAGCCAUGGACUUCAAGCAAAAGUUGUGUCUUAAAUUUUUUUAAAAUGUUGCCAACUUUUUUCAUAUUAUCUCUCUAUAUAUUUCAAGAAUUUUAUAAAUAUUUUGAUAACUCCAAAGAGAGAAAAAAUUAGGUGUUUGUUACAUUUUUUUUCUCCCUGUUCAUCUGUACUUUGUGAUGGUAUGAUCUUAAACCAAGAGUGGGUCAUGCCUGAUUUUUGACAGUUGACUGUUGGAGAAAAGGAAUCCCUGUGAUUUUUCUCUCUUCUUUUUAAAAAUGUUUACUUAAAAAUGUGUAUGUGUUUUUGUUUUUUGUUUGCUAAACAUUUACUUAAUAGAGAGGAUUCAUUUAAAAUGUGAGCUUUCUCCGAUGCUGUACAUUCUCUAUUACAUUGGGAAUGUUUCAGACCUAAUCAGUGUUACUAGUCAUAAAUUAUAUUAGAGGACAAUUGUGGGUAGUUUUUUUGUAGCAGUAUUGAAGAAAGUUUAAGAUUUCCUUAAAAUGCAGAAAAUAUGUGGUCAGUAAUGUGUUAAUCUACUUAUUUUUAAACUUGAUAUUUUUUUAACUAACUGAUGUAAUCCAUAUAUUUAUUAUCUUAACCUGUGGCACUCCUCCCCACUCCAGAUCCUAAAUGUGUUCUGGUCACUCUGAAACUAAACUGGUGUAUUUGAUUAUUAUAAUUAUUCAGUACAGCAUAAAGAAAUCUGUGUACCUACAACAUACUUCCUUUUAAAAAAUUUUUAAAAAGACUUCAAUGUGUUUCAAUACCUAAGCACACAUUUCACUAAUACAAGUAACAUGCCGUCCAGUUCAGCAAAUUUGCUUAAUGCUCUAGCAAAACUUUAUGAGUAUAUUCUUGUA